AUGCAUCUGUUCACAAUCCUUCCGGCCGUCCUCACGCUCCUUCUGACUCUGAUCGGUCCAUCCACAUGCGCGAAGUCAACAGCUACAUCCUUCUGCAAGUGCAUCUGCUUCAAUAACAGCACCAUAAUCGCGCUCAACCCCCCUCCCUCCAGCACAAGCGCCGCCUCACUACACAACCUCGACAUCCGCUCGCCCCAUCCUUCGCCAGACGGCGAUCCCUCCGACUCGGGCGGAGACUCUAAAAGACCACACCGCAAACUCACUUGCGCAGACUGCACCCGCGCUUUCUGCCUGGAUUACAACCUACCCAUAUGCAAGAAUGCAAGGGAUGAGGAUGUUUUCACGACAUGUUUCCAGCGCGAUUCCAUCAAAGAUGAGACCGUGGUCGUGAUAUUCAUCUUCGCCACGGCGGGACUCCUGGCUUGGGCCGCCGUGAAACCGUGGGUUGAUCGAUUGCGAGACCGGCAUACCUUUGUGCCGCUGGGACGCCAUGAUCGAGGACAGACUCACGGCGUUGCGGCCGGGUCGGCCAAAAUCUCGCGGCGCGCGGGGUUUGGCGGUCGUGCAGGAGGCCCAAGUGCAAGGAGCAGAGGAGCGCAGGAUGAGGCAGGACCUUUUCACGUCGGUUCUUACGAUGAAGACAUGCAUGCUGAUCAAGACGCCGUCGAUAUAGUCUCGGGCACGCCGUCAGGCUCAAACUCGGGACCGACAUUUCGCUCUUGA